GGAAUUCAAGAAGAACAUGACAAGGCACAAAGCUUUGAUAAAAAAAAUAUUCGGUUAAGCUCUCGUGAAAUAGAAAUAGAUCACAAACGAUAUAGCACACAUCGUAAAUGAGGCAUAUAAAUACCUAGUCAUACAGAAAGAGAAAGUUUUUUUUCUAUUAAUUAGUGUGCAUAUUUCAUUAUUUGAGCUACUGAAGACCUUCAUUGACUAUUGUUACAAGUCACAUGGCGGUGAAAUAAUGAUUCUAUGCAACAUAAACUCCAAUACACAGAAAACUAUCGAACGUUGUUGAAGUGUGGGUGUAUCGAGCGCAUCAGCAGUAAAAUUUGUGGACAAUUAAUUCCUUACAUGUGCUGAAUGUCAUUACUUAGAUAUUGGUAGGAAAACUGGACUUCAAUGAAAUCGUAAAAUGCCGUCAAAAGUGUCAGUAUCUUCAGUAUCCUAUGACGAGCCGUCAACAUGUACAGGAAAUACGGACGUUUCGAACACUCCAUCAUGUCCAAGCUUUAAAGUUCAAGUUCCACCGGAAGCGGAUCGAGAGAACAUGCAAAUUUCGGAUGGACGGACACCAAACAAAUCAGCAUGCUCCAAAUGCGGAAUCCUGAUGCUUAAGAUAGCGACUGGCCUGUUAAGUGGUGUCCUGUUAGGAAUAGCCCUGGAGAAAUCCCGAGUAUUUGAUCCUAAGAGUGUCCGGAAUCAGAUGGUGUUUGAAAGUUUCACCAUGCUGAAGAUGUUCUUGUCUGCGGUGGCUGCAGGUCAAAUAGUUUUGUCCAUAAUAUCAGUAAUCCCUAAGACGAAGCAGUACUUUGAGAGGGCGUCUGAACAGUUUGUUGCCUGCUUUGUCCAGAAGGGGAUUCUUUCUACAGUACUGGGUUCGUUUAUUUUCGGAGUUGGCAUGUCCCUGUGUGGUGCUUGUCCUGCCAUGGUCUUUGCGCAGAUAGGCAGUGUUGUACCAAACGCAGUAUUCUCUCUUAUCGGCGGAUUAUUCGGCGCUCUGACGUACGGACUUAUUGCUCCAUACAUAGAAAAAACAACCAAGCCAAAGAAACCCCUUGCAGUACACCAAGUUUAUAAAAAAUUCAAUCUGCCAUACGUAGUGCUAGCUCUUCCAAUGGCAGUUUUUCUGGCUGGAGGAGUUGCCGUUCUUGAGUGGCUGUGGCCAAUGAGUAAAGACCUAGAUAAUUUAAACAUUGAAAUUAGUUCAGACAAAAAUUUCAUGCAGCAGAUUGCCUGGCCGCCAUAUGCUGCAGGUGUCCUGGUUGGACUGUGUCAGAUUCCGGUGGUUCUAGUUCUUUGUGACACGCUGGGCGGAUCCUCUUGUUAUGCUACUAUAGUAUCCCAGUGGGUGAUCACGGAGAGACUACAGAAACUGUUUCCUUACCUGGCCAGGUGUAGGGGCGGUAUGGGCAAUUGGUGGCAGGUGUUCCUAGUAAUCGGAGUAACAGGUGGCGCUGUUUUGUCUGCGGGACUGUCAUCGUCAAUCGGAAGUAUUGAGGGCGUAAGCGUUCCUGAUGCUGUAAUUGGUGGGGUUCUCAUGCUGUGGGGAUCACGAUUUGCUUCCGGGUGCACAAGCGGUCACGGGAUAUCAGGAAUGGGCCUUUUCGCCUGGUUGUCACUUUUAGCAGUGCCUUCCAUAUUUGCCGGGGGAAUUUCAACUGCUUUUCUGAUGAAGUUGACGGGCGUUAAAGAUAACUUUGUUACUUACACCGGUGCAGUGUGAUUUCCUAGAUAGGAUUAUUUUAUUAUGUAUUUUCGUUACGAACCCUACACAAUGAUUGAUUUGGUUUGAUGACAUUUGUAUUUUCUUUGAUUUAUCUGUCAACCACACCGUGAUUCUAGCACACCCUGGUCUGUCAUCUAAAUAAAAACCAUCAUAGCAAUACAUCAUUACUAUCAGUAAUUUUCUUAUACACGUACAAACAUGUAUUAGUAUUAAAAUGGUGCCAUAUUCUAUGUAAAAAGGGAGUUAAAUCCAAUUUAUAUUGUUGGAAAAUCGUUAAGUAGUUUGAUAUUUUAUGAUGUUAAGAUAUAACUUAUGGUGUAACAACUGUUUGUCAAGGGAGGUAACGACCCUCCGGUAUAAUGGAAAUAACUCUUUGUUAAACAAUAUGUUUCCUUAAGAACUUUUUAAUCAACUGUCAGGAAUCUAAAAUUUUGCCCAGUACAAUAAACGUAUUACUUAAUUUGUUUAAAAUUCAUUAACUUCUCUAGCUUUUCGUAGAAAAUUGUGACAAGCACAGAAAUUUAAAUUCCUUUAAACUCAGCAAAGAGUUGUCUCCCUCAGAUAAAUGUAUAUCAAUACAUAAUAAAUAUAGAAAAAUGUUCAAAAUACUCACUCGUCUAUACAUGUACAAUAUCAUAUGUCAUUUAUAAACACGUAUUUCAAUUGAUGUGCAUAGCACUGAACAUGUAUCCCUUGUUUACAAUUGUUGAUUUUUAUAUAAUCACUAUAUAUGUAUUUGGAAGAAUAUUUUUGUUUCAUAAAUUAU